UGACCGGGGAUGUGCAAACAUGGCAGAAGACCUGUUAUUUCUCUAACAAAACUUUUUUUGUGUUUUCUUUAUGAUAAAAAUGGUAUUUGAUUUGUUCCAAAUAUCAUGUGUCUCAAACAAUAGCGUGUCGAGUUGCUUCAGUGCAUAUUCUUUUGUCUGAACAUGCCAGUCGGGCGGAUCUAGGCUGCGUCAUAACACAGUAUGAAAUACAGGUCCACAUGCAACGCCUGUAUAGACGGCCAUUGUAUUCUAGCCUAUCUAGAUCAUGUGACCGAUUCUUUUGAACCACAAGUUUAAGCGGCUAUUGGAUGUAAUCAAGCUGAAAGUUACCCCUUACGUUAUUACCAACGGCCGUUAUAACACAUUCGUUCCACGUAAGGAUUUCUACUAUUGAAACCGCCUAAAACAUUUCGGACUAAACAGUUAGGAGUGAUGUCGCUGGAAUUCUCUCCCAGAUGCUUGAGAAUGGACUACAAAAACAAUCACCAAAAGCUCUGUGUUUGAAGUCAUUAGGAGUUUUCAAUGCAUCUUUGUGUCGGAUGUGUAAAUCCAAGUGCCUACUUUCAAGAUUAAACAUGUAAAAAACCACUGUUUUAUAUCCAAGAAGGUAUUUGGAGUUGUUAAAGGAACUUGCUAGUGUCUACAAGUUAUUUUCAUGACAUACAUUAAGAAAAUGUUGCGCUCGCUGAGUCGUAGUAUUUUGCUUAGAAGAUAUCCCAAAACGAGGUUAAUGCUCUUCUUGAUGCUUGGAACGAGUUUUAUGAUAUAUGGGUACAUAAAAUAUUUACAAGAACCACUCUAUGUGUUCGUUCACAAUGACAUUCAUAGCCAAUGUAUAUUGCCUGACAUUGACAUCAAUGACCCGACCAUAAACAGAUUUUACAACUGGCAUCCUCAACCGCUUGAGUGUGAUUCGACAUCAUCCUUAACCAUUGUGGACAAGAACGGGCUCUUAAGAUUCAACGAAAGUGUGUACAUGCCGUCAAAAAAUGGAAAACUGGAUUGUGUCUACAGCAUAAUUAAUCUUGUGACCGAUUUCAAAGUAAAAUUUGAAACCGAAAUAAUUUUUUCUGGUCCUGUGGACGUUCCAGCAGAUGUCUUUAUUGUACGAUGUCGAAAUCCGUCCGGGAAAGUCGUUUAUGAAAAUCUUCAUCAGAAAAUUGAUAGGAAAUCUAAAGAAAAAAUAAUACAAAUGAAAGAAGAAACCGACGAAGAUCUCAGUAUUUUUAUGUUGGGCAUUGAUUCUGUUUCGCGUUUAGGAGCAACUCGGAAACUUCCAAAAACUGUGAAGUAUCUAACGGAAACACUAGGUGGUAAUAUUCUCAAGGGGUACAAUAAGGUUGGGGACAAUACCUUCCCCAAUUUGAUAGCGAUGCUUUGUGGGAAACACCAUCACGAAUUCAAAUUUGACUAUCAUUAUGAGUUUGCAGACAUGUAUCCUUUUAUCUGGAAGGAGUUUGAGAAACAAGGCUAUGUCACCAUGCAUAGCGAAGAUUGGCCCGAGAUAGCUACUUUUGAUCAUACAGUACCAUUAGGAUUCUCUAAACCUCCAACCACUCAUUACAGCAGACCUUUUUGGCUGGCCAUGCGUAAAAUUCAGCCAAUGCAAUAUAUGAUAGACCAGGUCUUCAUGUAUUUUGAAUCUAAGGCGGUGAAAAUGAAAACGUCAUCUGGUAUGUGUUACGGCAAUCGACCAAACCAUAUGCUGGUUGUGGACUUCUUCAAAAAAUUCGUGCAUGCAUACAAAGGAAAACAAAGAUUUGCAUUUGCUUGGCUGAAUGAGUUAGCACACAAUUAUAUAAAUUUUCUAGAAUAUGGCGACAACGACUUCAUGGAGCUCCUUAAAUGGUUUCAUGAAGAAGGGCACUUGAACAAAACUGUUCUGAUUUUGUACAGUGACCACGGUUCAAGGCUGGAUGAAAUAAGGAACACAUACGUAGGGCGUAUUGAGGACAGAAUGCCUUUCAUGUCUAUAGUGCUACCGGAAGUGUUGAAAAAGAAAUAUCCAACAAUUGUUGAAAACUUACAAGCAAAUGAGCAUAAACUUACAACGGCGUUCAAUAUACACGAGACAAUUCGUGACAUUUUAUAUAAAAGAUAUGAUGAUUUUUCAAGUGGUAAAACAGAAAGUAGUAGGACACCACAACCUUUAAGCAUCUUUAAAACCCUCCCUAAAAUGCAGUCAUGCGCAGAUGCAAAAAUUCCUGAACAUUAUUGUGCUUGUUACACCUCGCAGCCUAUUAAUAAGUCAUCACCGGUUGUAACAUCUAUUGCAAAACACUUAUUGCAAUAUAUUAAUACAUUUUUAUUACCGGUACGCGACAAAUGUGCCAAGUUGACUUUGGACGCUGUAAUAGAAGCCAGAACAGUCCAAAAUAGCCUGGAACGACAAGUUGAAAAAGAAACAAAAUUUACUUUGCUUAAUUGGAUAUUGUCGCCCGAAGAACAGUACGAUCAGAAAUACCUUAUUGUGAUAAGAACCAUACCAGGAAACGCGACGUUUGAGAGCACAGUGAAACAGACAGAAAAAGGUGUGUUUAAAAUAUUAGACGAGAUAUCUCGUACAAAUCGCCACGGCGCGCAGUCCAAGUGUUUGAGUGAGAGACAUUUUAAAAACUUUUGUUUUUGUACCGUGCCCUGAAAAUACCUCUCAUCAAAAAUGAAUGCUCAACUUUUUGAACAAAACAAUAUCAAUUUCGAAAUAUAUCUUGUUAAAGAGAGCCAUACAUCCGAUAUUUGUAUGUAAAUGUGUGUUUAAUGCAGUUACUGCCAUGUCUUAGCAUUUACUUGACCAUUCCGUCCACGGGAUCAUUUAGUCUACAUUUAAGGAAAUAAACUCGUGAAAUGUUACUGUUUAAUUGGUAAUUUUCGCGGGACUUAUUUCGCUAUAUUUGCGACCAUUUAGUAUAGUGCAAAUACAUACACUAAUGAAUAAAUGUGAUUACUGCAGAAUGUUUACAAGAGGGUGUUGUGCGAAAUUUAUUGACCGUUUCUUUGUCGCAACGAAGUAAACCGCGAAAAAAGCAGCCCCGUGAAAUUUAAAAACCGACAGUAUCGAACUUGAAAGUGACGCAUAUGCUGAUAUCGCGAGGAACAUGCAACGCAAUGUCUAGACAGAUGUAAUUAGUAAGAACAGUAAUUAAACCCCAGUCACAAAGUGUAAAAUAAAAGUAUAUUUAUAUAUACAGCUACAUAUGUGUAUCAAAAAGAAUACAUCUCAGAUUCGGCAUGAGAACAGUUUUAUGAAUUCAAACCACGUUUGUUCUUGUAAUCAUGUAUGUUUCCCCAUAUUGUUCGAGAUUCGAUGUCGCAAGCAAUGUUACAUUAUACGCAUGUAAAAAAUUUCAAAAGAAGUAGUGCUCAGGAACUGAAAUUUAACAACCAAAUCAAAAUUUAAUCAAAGACUGUUCAUGUGUCAGAGACCAUUAGCGGCCGACGGUGUAUGUCGGGCAUUCGGUGACUGGAACUCUCGGCAGUGCCAUGUUAAAUAAAAUAUGACAUGAGA